AUGUUGCCUCCAAACAAGGCCCAGGUGCUGCUACGGAACACAGCGUCCCCUGGGCGGCCCCCUCAGGGCCCCUCACAAACUGCAGACUCCCUUUUCUAUAACCUACAACCUCAGUCUCGCCAACAAUCACUCCGCUCCACCCAGCCAUCUUGCUCUCCUCCCCCACGGUCCCACUCUGCGGGCUCCCAUCUCUACUCUUCUGACUCAAAUUCUGACUUUGUCCUACAUCCCUGCUCUUCUUCUCUUUCAAAUUCCCCCACUUUCUUUCAUCAGAAUUGCCUCUCUCUCUCCCCUCCCUGUUCUUCCUCGCCUUCCCGCCGGCUAUUCCCCUCUGCUACCCUCACGCACUCCUCCUCACUCUCUCAGCCACAGAACUCCUCUUUCCCCGGCUCACCUUGCCAGUCGCCUUUCCAUCUCGAAGAUCUACCUACCUCCACUCUCACGUCCCCGAGCCCCAGCCCACCUUCUCGUGGGGUCCACUCUAACGGCCAGGCAUGGCACUCGCAUCAGUACAGGAAAACCAGGUCCCCUGGGGAGGAGGGGGUAUGCGUGGCAAGCGGGAAGGACCCUGCAGAGUUCAAGGACCCAGGAGCCCUGGCCCAGGCCCUGGUGCUCCGUCUGGGGCACCGCCGUAUCGCCCACGACUUGCAGCUACUGCUUUUGCAGCGCCUGUGGCUAGGCCAAACCGACAAGGCCCCGGUCGUGGAGUACCCUGUAUGCCUGGUGUGUCUCCGGCUCCGCACCCCCUCUUGCCCCAUCCCCAGGUACAGGACUGGACCCAGACUGCUUGCUUUCCCCCAGCUGCUGCCCUGUACCCAGGGCAAGGAAUCCGGACCGCUCCGCAUGGGCAUUGGCUUUGGCCUCCGCCUGCCUCAGGGCCAGGCCAAGGCCCUACAUCUGCUGCCAAAAAGAAAGCCAGAGGAAGCAGGGCCUCAGGACAAGGCUGCUCAGGCCAGUGGGUGUCAGGCCCAGGCAGCUCAAGCCCCAGCAGCUCUGGCCCAGGCAGAUCUAGGCCCAGGCACCCUCUCCCAGAACGGGAGCCUCAGGUCUGCAGGCCGCCAGUCACUAAACUCCACGCGCCAUUCAGAGUCUCUAACUCAGGCACCAAAACAGGCUAUGGUCCACUUGAAGCCCAGGCCUUCCUCUGCCCCAAAGAGACCUGCCUCUCCAGGGCCCAUUCCCCAAAAGUCACCACUCUAGUUCCAGAGCCACGGAGGCCCCCUGGAGCACCUCCUCUGAACCCCACCAACCCUGCCCGGCCCCAGACCUCAGGGAGCCCCCGAGACACUCUGAAGGGCUGGCUGGCUGGAGGUCAGGUGUGUUCUCCAGUCCUGAACC